GCGCGUGAGGCACUUUUUAUCUCUCCUCCUCUUACUCUCCUCAUUCAUCUUCUCCCGGCCACUCAGAGUGGAGUGCUGUGGUCGAACUUGCUCUCAGAGGGUCACUUUUGAUCAUCUCUGGGCAGGAAGCAUUACUGAGUGUGAGACACUCUUCUCAUUUUCUGGAAGGUCACGUGAGACCUGAAGCCAGACUGAAGCAGUAUAGAGGCUGAGGUGCUGGGGUAAGGGCUGCUGGGAUUGGGUGGACACCCUGCUGCUGUUGGAGACGGUGGAGCACAUCGUAUCUGUGAUUAUAGUGAUAUGCAGAUGGCUGUGAACGUGACUUUCAACAUGACGAACAGUUCAUCGUGUGUGGUUAUGACUCAGUCGGCGAGUCAUCUGCUCAUGUCUAUGAACAUCAUUUCCUUCAUCCUGGGGAUGCUGUUUAACCUCAUCACCAUUGGUCCCAUUAUUCGGCAGAUCUCCAGAAAGAACAUUUUAGGGGUCUACCUACUCAGUCUCUCCAUAUCAGAUCUCCUGUACAUUCUCACCAUGCCUCUGUGGAUUUAUUAUUUUGCUAACAACCACAUAUGGAUGCUCAGCCAGGGAAUGUGUAGCCUCGUUGGCUUCUUAUACUACUCCAACCUUUACAUCAGCAUCUUUCUCCUCUGCUGUAUCUCCAUCGAUCGAUGCCUGGCCAUCACCUUCCCCCUGCGGGUCAAAGCUUUUCGGCGCCGACGUUAUGCCUGGAUGAUCUGCGGGUUGGUCUACGUUUUUGUCAUGUUUUUGCAUUCUCUGGUGUUGUACUUAGACAAACUAUCGGAUCCGCUGGAUGAUAACGAGAAGAGAUGCUACGAGACCUACCCCAUGACUGAACGCAUCGCCCUAUUCAACCUGAUCCGCGUAGCCAUCGGUUUCCUAUUGCCUCUCGUGGUCAUCACCAUCUGCUACUGUCUGAUCCCGAGCAAGGUGCAACAAAGCACUGGGGUGGAUGAGCAUGGGAAACGCAAAGUGAGACUGCUGUCUAUGGGAGUCAUUGGCAUUUUCCUAUUCUGCUUCGCCCCGUACCAUAUUCUGCUGCUGGUACGAUCUGUCACCUUCUUCUGGGUGGGUGAAAAAGACAGUUGCAGAUUUGAACAACUGAUGAAUUUACCAUUCAGUUGUUGCUUAGCUUUGUCCAGUCUUAACAGUGUGGUGGAUCCAGUGCUCUACGUGCUGGCCAGCAACGGAGUGAGGGAGGACAUGCAUUUAUUCUGUUGUAAAAACAGGCAGAGACAGGAGACCACAAGUCCUCUCGUUGACUCAAAAUGGAGGACUAGAGUAACCAACUGACCUAAAACCAAUCCUUGGGGUUUGAAACUGUGGGAGGUUCACUAAGAUUGGAUUGCGCUCACUUAUAUUAGCACACACUGUUUGUGUAGCUAAAGCAACUGAAGGGAUUAUGCUCCCAAACAUUUAGCAAUUUGCCAUUUUGUUCUUGAUCCAGACCAUAGACUGUAAAAAACAUGGAUGUCACCCGUGGGUUUGUGAAGAGCAUUUUUAAAGCCAAUAGUUGGUGAAGCCUGCUUUCACCAUGUUUUCUGAAAAUGGCCAAAACAGCGGGACGUUGGUGGAAUUAAGAUUCUCAGUUGCUAAAACCACGCCUACGGCCUACUGUACCUCAACAUUUUUGGUCCUGUCCCAAAUGGGGCACUUCAUUUGGCCUUUCAGUCUCGUGGCCUUAAAUUCCGCGUGCUCGCUUAGUCUACAAGUCCAUCUGUCAUGUUUAUACUCCAAAGUGUGCACAUCAACACCCCCUUUGUACCCUUGAUGCGGUCUUCGGCGAAAAGUCCGCACUGCAGCAGGCUUCACGCACUUUACCAACCCAGAAGUCUUUGAAAGAGCAAUCAGACGAUGGAUGGGAGGAGUUCACACUGAUGGGCAACUUCUCUUCCUACUUCUGGCAUGACGCUCGAGUCUGUCCCAAAAUACAACUUCAAUGCACCCUCAUGGACUCACGUCAAGGGUCCCUAAGGUCUGCACUACAUGAUGUCAUGAGUCCGAAGUGUGCUAUUUGGGACAGAGCCAGUGACAGCAGCAGCAGUUUACCUGUCACUCAUGUGGCCACGGCCUUAGUUAUGCAGAAGGCUUAAUAUAAAUGAAACAGAUGAGUUACAAAAAAAUCACACCCACAGCUGUCAUGAAGGGCAAAAUUAGCUACAAAGACCAAAAAGACUUUUUGUAUCUUUAAACAUUUUUAUUUGGGUUUGACACUGGCUGUUUCUCAAGGUCAAGGAAGGAUCCUCGGAAGCCAGAAUUUCGUGGAUGCAAGGCAAGGUCAUUGACAUCCGUCGAAGGACUGUUCCAAUGUCGAGGAUCCUCGGAAUUGCAACCAAGGACUGAGUCCUUCGUUCAAAGCACACCUUUUUACUGACAUAAUGACGCAAUGACGUGCACUUGCUAGCUUGUUCCAUUUACGUAUUCUCCGAAUUCUAAAGAGGAGCCUCGCAUAGCCCAAGGAAGUGACUUGGAAAGACAAGUCCUGCCAAGGAAGUAUCCUUGAUAUUGAGGAACAGCCACUCUUUUGGAGCCAAUCUCUAGUGGCCAGUCGAUGAAUUGCAGUUUAAUUCACUUUACAAUAGUUUCGAUGUAUGCCCCUUGAUCCAGACACAUAAAUCAGUCAUAAAAAUGUCAAAAGUGUGCUCAGUUACACCACAUCUUGGAUUUACAUUGGAUAUCAUGUAUCAUUGGAUAAAUGGUGCCAUGAUUGCAAUUUAAAAUUCAUCAAAACUUUUACCACAUUUGAAAGCAGCAUACAUGUAUCAGCACAUUUUGUUCUUGUUUUAACUGUUUAGACAGGUGUGUAGUGAAUAAGACACAUGAUUUGUGCUAAAAAAGUGCAGCAGCUCUCUCAUAGUGAACUUGUAACUUCACUGUGUCAAAUUUUGUCACCAUUUGUGUUGGGGAUUAUAUCAAUGUGUCCUUGCGAACAUGAAGAGGAUGUUUACAAAUUGUACCUGUGGAUUUUUGCUGAAACGGGAUCUUUGUCUUUGAAGGACCCUUGAAUCACUUGAACUUUGUGUGUAAGAGAUGUACUCAGUGUAAGUGUUUUUGUUGUUAGAUAAUACCAACACUGUUUGUCGUGUUUCCCUGUCGGUAUUGUACCGUUUAACAUUUAACCUAUCUGGACGUUAAAAAUCAACUUGUUGAAAAGUUGCAAACAAUUUAGAUGCACAGCAUGUUGCCAUUGUAUUCUUCAUCAUAUUAUGCUUGUAUUAUAUCUCCUGUAAUUUACAGCUAUUCAAAGCGAAACUCAAACUUAAUGAAACAAAAGCACUGAUUUGCACUAUAAUGCCUCACAUUUGGGAAAGCAAUGGCUUUCUGCGAAGAGAAAUUCACCAGAUAGUAUUCAUUGUGGCUGAUAAGCGUUUGGGUGCCAUCUCUACACAUAAUCACCCACAAUACGCUUUGUACAGUUUUGUUCCUCCGGCAUGAUUGCCUACUAUAGAUGAGUGCCUCUCAUGUGACUGCAUUCUGAACCCUUUUGUGAAUCUGUGAGCUGAAGAGCCCAUUCUGAGCUACUGUAAAAUGCCAUGGACCAACUCAAUAGAGUGAUUUCAGAAUAUGAGCGAAGCAAUGAAUUGCAUCUCUGAGUGCCUGAUCUGCAGGCUGAUGGUUUAAAUGACUGCUCCCUUUCACCUGUCGCUUUAGUCGCUGCCGUACCGUUUGUGAACAUGUGCUGUGUCAUUUAGUAUUGGGACUGACCUGUUCAUUUUAAGAAUGAUAAAACGAAUGUUAACGUUUGCACUGAAGUGGUUUGGUUGGUUUGUGUAAGGAAAUAAAGCCACAUUGGGUUCUGGUAAUGAUGGCAUUGCGUCAUGAUAGAGCUGUUCUGCAUUACACGAGACCGAGGGCUCACCACAACAAGAACUCUUUAGGGAUUAAGACGAGAACACUGUGUCUGCUUUCCGGCUCUCAAUUGAUUUUCACCUUCCUGAGAUGCAGACCCCCGAUGAGGGGAGCGAGCAGAUUCGUGUAGGAGCCUUAUUGCAUCAAAAUGCAGAUCAUAGGGACCGAAAAAUCACCAAAAUAUGUGGGUAACACAUUAGGCUAAUUCUUAAACCAAAAGUGUACUUUAACCUUCGUGUGGUGUUCAUAUUUUUGUUACUUAGACGAUGUUGGUGGGUCUAGUGGAUGCAUUAUUCGUAUCUUAAACUAAUGCAGUCAUACAAAUGUAUGUGAUAUUGUUUACAGAUGUUUACUUUAGCCUUAUUACAUAGACAGAAUUUAUGGUUAAUAUUUGUCAUUUACCACUGGUAGAGGAUUAUUUAUUCAUUAAAGUGCUAUUCGUUUUUGUGAUCAUAUGAAAUAAAAGAAGAAAAUUCUAUUCUGAUCCAGAUAUUGGAGAAAAACAUGUUUAUCUUAAAUAAAUAUAAAUGAAACAAAGUUUUUCAUCACUUUUGAUGUUUAAUUCUUUGAACUUAGUUUGAAAUUGUACACAUUUGUGUUAGUUUAUACAGCACAAGCCCCAACUGAUCAGAUGCCGUAUCAUCCACUCAUAACCAGUCUACACAACACAUAAGAAGCAGAUUUUUACUGUGUAGCUGUGUUGCAUAUGAAUUUCUUGCAUUUUAUACACAUAUACUGUGUCGUCCUGUCCAUCCUAUGUCCACACACAUUGCAGUACAAUGUUUUGCUAUUGGCCACAACCUAGAAUGAUGAAAAUAAUUGGAUAAGAAAUGUACUUUCUCUAUUUCGCACUCUCUCACACACGCACACACACACACACACACACACCAUAGGUUUUGUGGUAAACCCAUGGUUUUAGAAAUGGUAAUCAAUACACCAAAUAACCAUAAUUACUACUCUUUUACUGUAAUAAAACCAUGGUUCAUUUUUGUAAGGGAGAUAAUGGGGAAAUGUAGAAUGGUUCCUGUUAGACAGAAGGUAAAGUGUUUGGGACAGUGGGUACAGACAACUGUAUGCUUGAUAUAUAAUAUGUUUGAUCCUUGCACCGUUACAGCAAGAGCAGAAGGACAAAACUCUGACA